AGAUCUAAGGUCGUCGUAAUCGUGGUAAUGUUGUUCUUAACGUUCUUACGGGCCAUAGCCAGAUGAUAGUAGUUCAUGUACACAAGCAGGCUGUGAGUGCAAUAUUGACUUGGUUUGGGAGACAGAAGCACAGAGUACUAUGAAUUUCCAUGAAUUUAUUAUACAUCAAACUAGAUACCAAAUUAAUAAAAAUAGUUUUGAAUGUGAAUGACUGCAUAGCUUCAUUUUCAGAGUUAAGGGCGAAACACUGAUUUUAUUGAUUAAGUUUUCUUUGUCUUUCCCGUUAUUUUGGAGUAGUAACACUGACCCAUAAUUAACGUGCCUUUAUUGUCUUGUGUUGACAUCUUGGAGAUAAGGAAGAGGAAAUAUUAAAUAUAUAAAGAUUUAUUGCAUUGUCGGUGUCACGUGGUCUAAUUCCUGACGAUGACAUCGGCAUCCGCAGAAGUAAAACUGAAAAGGUUCCUCCAUUAUGGGCGUGAGACAGCUUUGUAUGAACCAGGUGAUCGUUACACAAACAACUACUUUUUACUGGAUAAUGUGACUUCCAUAGAGGCAAUGAUUGCUGAUGGGAAAGAGACGGAUCCAGUAGCCCACAUUGUGAAGGCAUUCAGUGAUGGUUAUUCUGCUCAUCCGCAGUCAUUGGUGUAUGCUUUAGCACUGUGUACCCGUCAACAGACAAGUGAAAAUCUGCGGGUAGCAGCUUACAAUGCCGUCAAGACAGUAUGCAAAGCCCCAAAGGAUUUUCUCCUGUUCAUCAAAUUUGCUUAUGAUCUGGCUCAUGAGAGCUCAGGUUGGGGUCGUGGCUGGCGACGUGUUGUAACUGAUUGGUACCUGAGGAAAGAGCCAAUGGAACUGAGUGAAUGUGUAACAAAAUUCCGUGGUCAAUAUGGUUGGACACAUCGGGAUGUUAUUAAGCUGUCACAUCCAAAGUCAUCAGAUGUUGCAAUAGCUGCAGUGUUGAGGUAUGUUGUCCAUGGCCUGAAAGAAGCAAAGAAGGAUUUUGGGGAUAAACCGGAGGCACAGCAAGUGAUGUCCUAUCUGCAGACAAUUGAGGAUUUUAAGCAUUGCGAUGAUGAACACCAUGCUGCAAGACUCAUAGAGAUGCACUCCCUUCUGCUUGAGCACGUCCCUGGCCACUUCCUCAAAUCAAAGGAGGUGUGGACUGCACUUAUACCACACCUUCCUCUGGGAGUGCUACUGCAGAACCUCAGGAGACUUGGACGGCUGUGGCUUCUCAAGGGAAAUCGACCCAUUGUGGCCAAAGUAUUGGAUGCUCUGAAUAACCAGUCUGCUAUUGCUGAAUCGAACUUACAUCCAGCUCUUGUGUUUGUGACACUCCGCAAUUAUGAGUGUCUGGGAAAGUCACCAGCAUAUGGACCACGAUCGCCUCGGCCAGAUGCUAAAACAAAGUCACCACCACCACAACCACAUCCAAAAGUUGUAGAGGUGUUGAAUCAACUGUUGAUGACUACUUUCACGUUACUAGUACCAACAGGGAUGCGUUACUUAGUGGCAAUUGACGUACGGAGCCAGAUGGUACAUGGCAAAUGCUGGCACUGCUCUAACAUUUCGCCCACACAGGCAGCUGUGUUGGUAACGCUUUGCCUGGUAAAGGCAGAACGCGAUGUGACAGUGGUGGCUUUUGGUGCUGAAGGUUCAAUGCAACCAGUGGAACUGGACAAGAAUAUCACCAUGAAAGAAACGCAGAACAAACUGAAAGAGAUACCAAAUGGAGCUGUUGAUCUGUCCCAGCCACUGUUGUGGGCCAGGAAGAUGAAGAAACUGGUAGAUGUAUUUAUUAUCUUGACAGAUACCCAAGUGAGACAACGGAGUGCUGAUGUUAUCCAGUCUCUGCAGCAGUACCGUAAUGCCCUGAACCUCCCCAAUGCAAAGUUGGUGACCUGUGGUUUGGCUGCUUCACACUUUGCUGUGGCUUGUCCCAAUGACCCUGGUAUGCUGGAUGUAGCUGGCUUUGAUGCUCAGGUUCCACGUGUCAUCGAAGCUUUCUCCAGAGGAGCAUUCUAAGCAUAAGCUGGUAUCUCUCUUAGUUGGAGAGAAGUGGAUUCAAAUGUGACAAUGUGCUGUGUGCUUUAACCCUUUCGUUACACCUUCAAGCAAAUAUUCUCUUUCUUUUUCAAAACAGAAGAUGCCAAAGGAGAGGCCCUUUUUAUUUGUAUGUUCUAUAAGGCUGGAGACAGGUUUCAGGUGUGUUGGAACCUUGCCAUUUUCAUUAAGCCCCUUGAGGAUUUCUUCACAGGGCAACUUGCCUGCCUUGCAGGUGCAUAUAAAUGACCACAAAUCAUUGCCCUUGCAAUGCAGUUGCAGAAUAUAUAUUAAUUUUAGAUCUUUAUUUGUAGUGAUAAAUGAAAUGCAUUAUUUGGUGAAGGAAAGAUGCAGGAGAGCAGAGGCUUCUGUGUGUAGAUAAGAAGGAAAUGCAGCCAGAAUCAAAGUGGGAACUUAGAAAUGACUGAUAGACAUACUACAGCUAAAAGAGACUGAUAUUCUGGGUUGUAAUGGCAUAUAGUUUGGAGAGAGCCCAAAGUUUCAGGCAAGCACAUUGCCUCUGUCUUCAGGGUAGAAGAGUAAAUAAAGCAAAAAACCAACAGAAGCAGGCAGCAAAUGGCAAUUUCAAUGGGUUUCUGGCUUGGCUUACCCUAUGACAUGUCCCCCCCCCCAAGAUGGUGGUGACAGGUUCCUCCAAAAGGCCACGCUGUCUGAACUACAUGGCAUGACAUCCUAGAAUACUCUUAUGUACUCUUGAUAGUCACCGCUGUGAAAAACUCAAAUUCAACAUGGUUACAGCUGCUUCUGACACAGCGGCCGCCAGACUACUGCUUGAGGGUUAAUGGCUGCAUCACUGUGGAACCAGUUUGAUUUCAGUAACAUGUCUGGUAACGUUCAUAUAACUUGUACAGGAGCGUUGUGCAGCAGAGAUCUUUUGACACGUUAUAUGAAGAUGUGGAAGUGUACAAAAUUUUGUUCAUGGUACAGAAUUCACCCUUAAGUACAUCAUUGGUAGGACUUUGGAAAGAAUUUCUUCUUUGUGCUCAUGAGCUUGCUAUAUAGUGGUUGAUUUUCUUUCCCCUUUUUACACAUUUUUCUUGAAUAUGAGUAGAUACUUUUGAAUGUAAAUAAAAGUUGAUAAAAAUGGUCAUGUUGUCAGAUAAAUAUGGCAUUGCAGGUAUUUCUGUAGUUAGUUUGAAGUGAUUUCUAAGACUUCUUUUUUUGAAGUCACCAGCAGUAAGAAAAUAAUUCACACAUUUGAAAGGUAUCUGUGAAAGCCAUAUGUCUCUGUUUUUUCCUGUUAGGUUUUUUAAUAACAUUUUUUAUAUGGCCCUGUUAAAAAUUCCACAUUUUUGUUAUUUCUUAGACAACAAUGUGCAUGUAUUAUGUUACUGUUUUAAGGGUAAGUGAAGUUCAUGAUGCAGUAAAAUGUGAAAUGUAUAACAGAAACAUGAAGGCAUAACUCAGGUGUGGAGUAGACACUAUUGCAAUCUCCAUUAGGUCUGACAUUUGCGUAAUGUGGGCACAAGUCUCCGGGCUAACAGGCUGAUGCAGUUGAUCAGCAGUACACGUGUUGCACUGCGUAGAGGCACACAUAAUUUUGUUUGUAUAUCACAUCAAAAAAAUGUUUCAAAUAGAAGUUACAGCCUUUUUAUUUUAUAUGAUAUAAUUGACAAAUUUGUGACAUAUGAAGUUCUUGUCUAGAAAUUUUGCAAGAGUUUAAUUUUGUGUUCUUGUUAAGUAUAUGUAUUGGAUUGCUUGGACCAGGUGAUAUUCGCUUGCAACAUAAUGUUGAUCCUCAGUAUCAGUGUUUACUGAAAUCCAUUGAAUACUUUUGGAUAUGAAACAUGUGGACACAUGGCCAAAAAUUGCCUGUCCAUUACACAUUUAUUUCAUGCAGAGGACAUACAAAGCAUCUGAAACAUCUUUGAGGAUGCACUGUCUGUAGACAGUGAUGUAAAUCGUUCUGUCAGCUUUAAAAUCUAUUAGAUUCUGUUUUCAACAACACGUGAUGGGAACUGAAAUCACCAUACGGAGAUCUCAUUGAGCAUGCAGGACUUUCCUUUUGUGUGGUUUCACACUCAGGGUAUGUUGUACCCUCAGGGAUGUUUUAUAUACACAGAAGGAGAAGUAGAGAUUAGUAUUUAAGGCGCAUCCAGUUUUUGAAUGUGGGAUUUAGGAGGGAGAAAUUAGAAGGGUGCAUAUUCCUGGAAUUUAAGACACCUCAAUUUUUCAAUGGGGGAAAAAGAAAUGUGAAAAAUAUGCAUCUUAUAUUCAAAAUAAUAUGAUACUUGAUGAAACAGAAGACAACUCAAACAACUCAUCUCAAGUGGAGAUACAACUAGACUGCAGGAAAGCAAAAGAAAACAACACAAAAUCUCCAUUGCGGCCAGUACGAUGUCUGCCCACUUGAGGCAGAAGCAGAAAAUGAAAUAUGAAACAAAAAACAGCUCACCUUGGCAGACUGUGUAGGGACUGGACUGCCCUAAGCAGGAGGUAGAAACGACGGCCAGAAUGAUUUUAUAAGGAAAGGAACCAAACCAAAUUUUAAAACAAACUUCACGAGUCGUUUCCAAGACUGCAGUGAGUUUCAGAGACAUGCCCCAGAGGUCCCACAGGAGUGGAGGGGAGAAAUGAGUGAGGGAGGGGGCAUGUGCAUGCUAGGGUUGCAGCACAAAACAUAAACACAUCCGAAGGGAAAUUCUCCGGUGCCUGGCUAAACCAACAGCACAAAACAGACUCUCAUAAACUGUACUUAUUAUGUGAGAGUCGUGUUACAUGGUGGUGUGUCUCAGACGGACGUAUUGGCAGUAGUACUAACGUGCUUAUGGAUCUCUUAUCCUGUGGAAAGCGGACUUAGUAUAUGACAUAUAGAGUGACAUGUCUGUGCUAUGCAGUACCUAUUGUUCAUGAAUGAUAACAUUUAUACAAGCAGUUGUUUAGAUACACAUAAGCAGAGCGGACAGAGAGAGAUUUUGGAUUCUCGCGGUGGUGACUGGAGGUUAACCAGCUUGUGGGACAUGAUGCAAUAUAGUCUGGUAGAUCGUAGUGAUGUUUCUGAAGAACAUGCUGGACUCCAUCUUAAGAUAUUCUGCUGCUGGUAUAUCUGUCACUUCUUGGUGCUAUCAUCUGCCCCAUUCUGGGUCCCUCCUCUGCAAUAUCAGGACAGUUUCUCUCCUGCACUGCCCACACUUGUUCCUGUGAAACGUCAGUAGUGUUCCACAAGACUGUGUUGUCUCAACUCACAAGACAGGUAAUUUCGAGACUAUUGUGUGUUGUCUCAACUCACAAGACAGGUAAUUUCGAGACUAUAUUUCUUUGCGUUUCUGUUUCCUUCACAUUCUUUCUAACGUUAAUUGUAGAUGUAAUCAGUUGGCUUCAUGAGACUUGUCUUGUGUUUCAGAGUUCAAUCUAAGAAUGUGACUGUCAACACAACAAAUAAAGGAAAGAUCAUAUUCUAAUGAAGACAAACAUAUAUUAAUCUGUACCUCACUUAUUUAUUGUAUGCUUAAGCAUGUAGCAUAAGUUUAUGCAUACAUAUAAUAAAUGAGGUACGAUUGAUAUAUGCUUGUCUUCACUUGAAUACAACUUUUCAUUUAUUUGUUGUGUCAGUGGUCAGAUUCUUAGAUUUUACACAUGCAACAGGUUGCAAUCUGUAAAGUUUAAAAGAGUUUACCUAUGUUACAGUAGAAGUGCCAGGAAUAAGCCAGCAAAAGUGGAAGAAGAUUGUUGUGAAAAUCGGUAAUGUAACUUCACUAAUGCUCGGAUAUUGUCAUGGGAAGAGGGAGGCAUGACUUUUAGUAGAAAGUCUUUUCAGCAUUACAGCAAGCGUGUCCAGUGGAGACACUCAGUUUCUCACUACUCUCGUCUCCUCCUCCUCCUCUUUGGUGGCCUGUACUGAUCACAAAUUUAUACAAGGUUAAAAUGUUGGAGGAGGACUGGUCCUUGUUCUUAUAGCUGGCUUGUUUCUUUCCUUUCUGUUUCAUUGUGUUGGCAAGGUUCCACUUUGUAUUAUGUUGUAAUGUUUCAAAAUAAAAUUUCAGUUAUUGGUUUUAAGUAUAUCAAGCUGAAAAUUGUGUUUCAGCACUUCAAAAUGGGAUGAGUGUAGUUUUGGGUGUCUUCACAUUAAAAAAAUGAAAUAGAUCUGUCAUAAUCCAUAUAUUAUGCACUUUAUAGUGUAAUAAGAAAAGUGAUUUUCUGUUUUUGAUUAUUUCUAUAUAUUAACAUAAUUAGUAGCUUAAACUUGUCCAUGAGAUCAGAUGUCAAAAUGUCACAGUUCUUUUUGACAUAAGGUGACAUGAGAUGUUUGGUACUGAACUGGUGUGUGGUGUGUCUCAUCUAUGCAGACAUUUCUUCACACAAAAUGUUUUGAAUUCUAAGUAUAUUUGCUGAAUUAUUAUAUGAGAGGAGAAUUGAAACUUUUUAUAAUGGAAUUUUGUCAUGGAUGUAUCAUUAGCACGUAGUAUUGUAGUUAGAAAUACAUUUUUCAACUGUUUGUUCCAACUGGGUAUUCUCGUCUGUUAAUAAUACAUAACAGGGUGCAGUAGACUACCUUAUAAAUGUAAGAAGUACCAAAAGCUGCAUAUGAGACUAAACCCUGAGCAUAAUUCAAUCUCCCAUUUUGAAUGAAGCCUAGUCUUUUUUUAAGGAUAUUUACAUCUCUUUGUUUUGCUCAUUGCUUCAGUAUGUGAGAGCUGUUAGAAUGUACUGCUCCUGGUUUGCUUGGUUUUGUAUUUCCAACUGCAAAAUGAUGAGUUACUUUCAUUUUGAAAUAGUAAGGGAAUAUUAUUUAAUUACAUUUAGGGAAAUGGGCCCAUGAUUGUGCUUUAUCCCUGAUAACAAUCAUAAUGUGUGUUGUAUGCAUGCAGAUGUGAUGUUCCGAUGUUGCGAACAUGAUGGAUCUGCUACAGUGAGUCUCAUCUUGCCUCUUCGCACCAUGUGGAUUUGGGCAGUGUUGCUGAAGUUUCAGAGGUACAUGCUGCUCCCAUGUUCAGGGUUAAGGUGAGUGCAAUGAGUCACUGGUCUGACAUACCCGCAGGGGAAGGGUGGAACUGGAGCCUCUCCCUCCAUGAACAUUGAGCCCUGAUUUUGACCCUGAAGCUGGAAGCACAAUGUACUUCUGAAACGUCAGCAACACUGCCUGCGUCCACACAAUGCAAAGACCCAAGAGAAGAAUAACAUGGCCUGUGCAGAACCUAAUUGAUCAUUUUUUUAACUUUGUUUUAUUUUGAAUCUCACUCCAUUUAGCAUCUGUGUGUUGCAUUUAUAGGUUCUUAGGUUCUUUAAUUUUAAAGGUUAGGUUUCACCAAUUUUAGAAUCAGAGUCACGUAAUUAAUAUAAUUUUGUUUAUGGUAAAAGGAGGCUGGCUCUUUGAGUUGGAAAUGUGAUGUACUGUUUAUACUUAAGUGAGAAUGGUUACAGUGCUCUGAAAUUGAUAGAUUGAUGGGGAGACAUACUAAAAAUAUGUUAACUCUUUUUAUUCAGUUGAACAACUUAUUGGCAUGAAAAGUUGGAACACAUGCAUUCCGAUAGACAUCAGUCAACUUCAUAUUAAUCAGUUUGAAAUAAAGUUGGAAGUGUGUGAAGUAAUGGGAUAGACUUAAAAUUUCAUGUUGUAGCUUAUAUUAUUAACUAGUAGCGAAAGGGUUAACAUUUAUUUGAAACUAUCAUCGUAAUUAUCGACUUAACAGUGAACUUCGAUUAAGGUAUUCAAUUAACAUGGUUAUUGAUAGACUCUUUCUUCAAUUGGCCACGUGAAGAAUCUCUGUUUGUUGUGACAGUGGACUGUGUUAGUGAGAUUAUACAGAGUCCAAUUCAACGCCAGGAACUGAACAGUGGGUCAUGAAGCCUCAGACAUUCACAUCUUCAGAUCAGCUUCUUGGUUUUAGACUCCACAUUGCAAGAUUUUAAAUACAGAUCAGACCAUGAACUUUGGUGAUAUAAAUUCAAAACUUUCAUAAAAUGGAAUCAUCAGAGUAUUGUUCAGUAUUGGUUUUUUUUUUCUGAAAACAGUUAAUACAAGUUGAUACAUAAGUACACACAACCAUACAGUGUUCAGAAGCUUGAUACUAAGAUAAAAAUGACAGAAGGAAAGUAUCUUGAAUGAAUCAGUGUGAACUGGUUUCUUCAUUGUGUAAAUUCUUUUGUAUACCUCAAUUACAAGGGUUGUUCAAAUGAAACCUUUUCAGGCAUUAUUGUGUGUGAAGGAGUAGAGGCUGUUAAGAAGUAGUCCCCAUGGAUGCUGAAGGAGGCAUCCCAGUGUUGCACUAGUGAACUGAUCCCCUUCAACCAGAACUCCCUGACCCGCUGCUGGACCACUGCGCCACCUCGGCCCUGCCUUCUUUGUUGGACCUGAGCCUGCAGCCCUUGGAUCUCAUAGCCAUGGCACCCUGACAUCCCCAUGCCAAUGCACAGCGCUGAUGUGGAAUCCUCUGAUGCCUUCAUACCCUCAUCUGUGCUCACGGCAGCUUGCAUCAAGUUGCAUGACGAUACCCAUCCCCACGUGGGCCACACUGUCUGGUGCUUCAGUGUGCAGGAAGGUGUUGAAUCAUCUCACAGACAGCCCAGACUUGUUACUUGGGAUUUUUACAUGUUUGGUCCCCUCAAGAAAGUGCUAAAGCAUUGUCGAUUUGGACACAGAUGUCGAGGCCGUAUUGGUGAAGUGGUUCCAGCGGCCUUGCAGAGGAGAUCCAUCAGCUGGUUCAGCAAUGGGAUGCCUACCUCAUUGCCCAUAGGGGAUUUUUUAUUGGGAUCUACUCUUUUGCCCAGAACAAUUGUGAAAUUAUGUGUCAUUUGACUCGUAUAUUACUACUAAUAGUCUUACAAGAAGCUCCUUAUCCCUGUGAUACAACAUGCAAGCUGGAUACAUUACAGAAUGGUAAUAUUUCUAACCCUCUCAAGUUGAACUCCACACACAGCUGCAUCCUGUUUGAUUUUCUUUUGACCUGUUCAGUGGAGUUUCCCAUUUUCCGUCCAGGAACACAUCUUGAUAAGUUUUUGUAAGGCUAUUCAAAACGCAUACUGACUUAUGUUUCGGUGUUCCAUCUUGCAUCCGCAAGACAUGUUACGGUGCUCCCAUCUGUUAAGCAUUUAAUGGGUUUAGGAGAUUUGUAAAUUGCUGUGUAUACUGAAAUUAUAACCUAUAUUAUAUAAAUAGAAAUAUCUACUAUUUUAAUCCUGCAUAGUGUUGUUGCGUUGAGACAGGAAUUGGAUUAAAGUGGUUUGUACAUCAUGGAAUUUUAGACGACUCCAUGUUCAUUUUUAAAUAUCACUGCCGUACACUUUGGAACCAGGUUUUUAGUUUAGUUUCUGACUUUGUCUUGCCUGUACCAGUAGCAUAUACAGUGAAGAGUAUAGAUGUGCCUUUGACUUGCAAAUGCAGUCCAGAAAUUGGCUCGUAACUUGAAAAAUCAUAUGUUGAGCUCAUUAUUACAUGGAACAUAUGGAGAGUUACAGUCACAGUCAUUUUUUAAUAUUUUAACCCAUAUUAUGUUAUAAUUCUGUUUUAUUAUAACAUAAAUAAAGGGACAUCAGAUGACAUAGUAUUAAACAUUUAAAACUAAGUUAAUUUGUAUGUUAUGAAGGAUUGUUAAGGAGCUGUGGGUUAGAGUCACCAGGACAUUACAAGAUGGUGUAAGUCUGAAAUUGAAAGUGUAAUUGUGAUCAUAAGUUGGGAAGUUGUAAGUUGAUGUGCGACUGUACUGUCAUCUGGGAGGUGAUGCCCUGGGGCCAGGUAGUUUGUCAGUGCUUCAGAUGCAUGUACUGACCCCUCUCGAAGGUUGAAGAGGAAGCCAAGCAAGUAAUGUGCUUGCCAGACUUACUCUUGGCCCUGAAGACGGAGGCCGUACAUUCAUCAAAAACGUGUGUGAACUUCUGCUGGGCUGUACAUCUUGUCCGACUCUAAGAAACAGUAUUUCUGGUUGUCACCACAGUGAGAACGUUGAAGCGAACAGAUACAAUGAAGUUCAUAGUAUUUUGUUUUGCUAUGGCAGUAGUUCAGCUAGAGUGCAGCAUGUAUUUAAACAAGUACACGCUUUAGUACUUUGAUGGUAUAAGUGCUGUUGUCUCCUGUUUUGUAUAAACAGUACACAGAAUAACAUUUUCUUGUAACAAAUUGUAUGUUUCUGUCCUUUGGGAUGUGACACCUUGUAGUCUGGUAGAUGUCAAUGUUUGGGAGGAGCUUACUACCCCAUUUCCUCCUGCUGAGAAGAUUAAGGCAGGAUGUUCCAUCUACACAGACUACCUAUCAUCACAUUCCAGAUGACCAUAGUCUUAAUAUUCACUUAUGUGAGAACCUCAGAAUUAGUAAUAGCACAUGUUUCAGGUGUGCUUGAUCAGCAAGACUUAAUUCUGUGCUAAAUGAAGUAUUAUGUCGCAAGAGUUAGGGAAUAUUAAAUGCUAUUUAUAAUUUGUGGUUUAUGAAAUUACUUUACUUUCCAUAUUAAAGAGUGGAAACAUAAUAUUAAAUGCCCACAUAAAAUUAUUAUAUACAUUUCUCUAGCACAAUCAAAGCUUUCUUCCCCCCACCUCAUCGCAGUACCACAUUUUACAUGCACACAGAAUGAUUAUCUGGUAACACUCACACCUAGUAGUUGUCUCCCCUCUGGUUUCUGGAUGAAAUGUAUGUUUGCCUCUUGGAGCAUGAUAUGACAAUUGUAUGGCAUUCUCAGAACUGAUGGAUGCAUUGCAUUAUGCACAUGUGCAUAUAUACACUGGGAAGAUCACAGGGAGAGGAGGAUGUCAUUGAGGUUAUGGUAUGGCUGUGCAUGACAAGCCUAAAAUAACUUGUAGGGAGAUUAUGGCAAGUGGAUGGAACUGGCUCAACACCAUGUUUAACAGCAGGCUUUCGUAUUAGCGGUGUUGAACCUUUGGAUUGCCAAUCACAGUGGCCACAUGGUCAAAGGC